CACCAAGUGUUAUGUUACAUGGUGUUUGGCCGUGAUUAAAAAUUUGCAAUGCACAUGCUUCGAGGUAUAAAAGCGAGCGGAUCUAGCCCAAAGGCAUCCACUUCACCCUCAGCAAGCAUUCAAGCAACAUGAACACUCUUGUGAUCUUCAGCCUGGCCUUCCUGGCCGCUUGUGCUUCGGCCUCCCCUGUGGCCGUGGCCACCUCGUACUCCAACUCGUAUCUUGGAUCGGGUUACGGUGGACUGUACGGCGAUGACUAUGGCUACAAUGGCUAUGGAGGCUACGGCAAUGGCUACGGCAACGGCUACGGACUGGGAUCCCUGGGAUAUGGACACGGCUAUGGCGGCUAUGGCUACCCCUACGGAAAGGCCACCUCUUACGCCAACACGCACUCCGUCGCCCUGGCCGCACCUCACUACGGCCAAGGAUACGGCUAUGGAUCUGCUUAUGGCGGAUAUGGACAUGGACAUGGACUUGGACUUGGAUCUGCUUACGGAUCUCACUAUUACUAAAAAUUAAGCCAUGAUGCCCUCUCAACGGUUGUAAAUUAUUGUUUGCGCUUGAUAUGCAGAAAUAUACGGUUGUACAUAUAAAUAAAUUGAUAAUUUAACAGGAAAAA